AUGCCUGACAACGACUCUAGAAAUCAACCAUCAACGAAUCCUCAAUCCAGCAAUGGAUCAGCAUCAUCCUCUCAAACUACUACUCCAGGAAGUGGCAUUUUCAGCAGUCUGAUCAAUAGUCUUGUCAAAGUUGCUGAUCCCAAAAAUGGUAUUCCUGGUGAUCCGGAUGGUACGAUGAUUGCUGAGUACUAUUCAAGAGGGCAUGAGAACGACCGAUCCACCAAAUAG